AUGCCUUGUCUGAAACUGAAGAUGGUUGAUGAGAAGAAACCAGCUCCCAAAAAGGGGGCCAAGAAAGCCUUAAAGAAACCAGCAGCAAAGGCCGGAAAGAAGCAGCGAAGGUUGAGGAAGAAGAGUUACUCCAUCUACAUCUACAAAAUGAUGAAUCAGGUUCACCCCGACACCGGCAUCUCCUCCAAGGCCAUGAGCAUUGCGAACUCGUUUGUGAACGAUAUUUUCAAGUGCAUUGCAGCAGUUAUAUCGCUGUCAUGUGAUUUGGUUAGGUCUUCCGUCAGGAUUGAAGGACAAGGGGAGCAGCCAGGAGAGGAGGAGGAAGAGCUGGAUGAUGAGGGAGGAAGAACAGUUCACUAUCAGGGGACUUCACCUGAUGAACUUCUUGGGACUGCAAUGUCUCAGGUUCACAUGUGCAAGGAACUGUUGGACAGACAGUGCCCAUUGGGACAACAUAAACUGUCCUUUAACGGCACUAACUCAGACUGUGAGUAA